AACGAAUGCUUCUUCUUAACUAGAGGAGUAAUAAGUAGUUUUGUGAAGUCCUCUGCUUUUUUUGGUUUAGAAAACGCAGAGUUUGCUUCUUUCCUUUGUAAGGUUUCUGUCUCGUUGUUUCCGUUUUAUUAUUGAUUCUUAGGAACAUCCUUGGCACUAUGACGUGUCUUAAAGUCCUUUUACCUCCUCCGGCAAAAUCAACCGCUACAUCGACGUUUUAUGAUCAUUCAAAAGAUCCGUGGUUCAAGUAUCGUUUCAUGGAAUCUGAGGCGAAACAUUCCUCUAGUCUCAUCGUAAAACCAGUACCUGCUUACUUGAAGCGUCAAGGUUCUCGUCCCGAGGAUAAUGGAGAUGGUGGUGCGUUCCCUGAGAUUCAUGUUCCUCAGUACCCUCUUGGCAUGGGUAGGACUAGUUACAACAACAGGACUCUGCCUGAUACCGUGGAUUCUCAGGGGAACUUGGUCUUUGACGCGGUUGUGAGGCAGAGUGAGAAUUCUAAAAAGAUUGUUUACUCUCAACAUUACGAUGUUAUUCCCAAGAUUCUCAAAAACGAUGGAGACUUGGUCGAGGAUGAGAUACUGGAGAAGCAGAUACAUGAGACUGCUCAAGAAACAAAAGCUGCCAUUGAGAAGAUUGUGAAUGCGAGACUGAGAAUAUCACAGCCUAAGAAUGUACCCAAGCAGAGUGACUCAACGUACAUCAAGUAUACGCCAUCACAGCAAUCUGCAGCUUUCAAUUCCGGUGCUAAAGAGAGGAUGGUAAGGAUGGUGGAGAUGCCUGUAGAUCCACUUGAUCCACCAAAGUUUAAGCACAAGAGAGUUCCAAGAGCUUCUGGUUCUCCGCCUGUUCCAGUCUUGCAUUCACCGCCAAGGCCUGUUACUGUCAAGGACCGACAAGACUGGAACAUCCCUCCUUGUAUCUCCAAUUGGAAAAACCAGAAAGGUUAUACAAUCCCUCUUGACAAACGCCUUGCCGCUGACGGAAGACGCCUGGAAGAUGCUCAGGUCAAUGAUGACUUUGCCAAGUUGUCAGAGGCCCUCUAUGUAGCUGAGCAGAAAGCUAGGGAGGCUAUUUCAGUGCGGUCAAAGGUGCAGAAGGAGAUGGUUAUGAAGGAGAAGGAAAGAAAAGAGAAGGAGCUGAGGGAUCUUGCCCAAAAGGCUCGGCGCGAGAGGACUCUGGUUACAAGUAUACCAAACCAGAGUGUUGUACCAGUAGGCGAUUGUGACAAUGACCGUGAGAGGAGGGAUAAGAUUCGAGAAGAGCGUCGUAAGGAAAGAGAGAGGGAGAAAAGGUUGGAAGCAGCGGGUAAGAAGAGUAAGAUCACAAGGGACAGAGAGCGUGAUAUCAGUGAGAAGCUUGCACUUGGAAUGGCAUCUGUUGGAGGCAGAGGUGGUGAAGUCAUGUAUGAUCAACGACUGUUUAACCAGGAGAAGGGCAUGGGCUCAGGUUUUGCCACUGAUGACCAAUACAAUGUAUAUGACAAAGGAUUGUUCAAUGUGCAGCCCACUCUCUCGACGCUGUACAAGCCAAAGAAGGAUAUGGAUGAUGAAAUGUAUCAUCAGGAGCAGCUCCAUAAGCUCAAGAACACUGAGAGGUUUAAACCAGACAAAGCUUUCACGGGUGCGGGUAAGAGAGAACGACCUCUUGAGUUUGAAAAGGAUGCUGAGGAAGAUCCUUUUGGUCUUGCACAAUGGGCGUGUAAUGUGAAGAAAAGUAAGAAACUGUUGGGGUCUAGAGGAACUAUGGGAGCAAGUGCUGGUGGAUGUAGUAAUUCUUCCAAGGAUGGUUCUGCUCGGGCCAAGAUCGACUUCACACCUUUGUCCAGGCAAUAAUUUUUGGCCGGCCAAUAUCCGGUGUUUGGUGUCGUCGGUAAAUUCCUCUUCAUUGGUCCUUUUCUCCGGUCAGCCACAAUUUACCAGUUUUUUUGGUUUGGCUCAAGAGGUUUCCUUUUUUCUCAACUCGCAGUGGAAGCUGGUUCAUGUAGAAUAAUGGAUACAUUUAGAGAUGCUAUAUUGCAACGAGCUCCUAUUGAAACCUUUGCACUCAAGACUGUUCAACAGUUUAUACAACCUCAGAAACAAACAAAGUUGGCUCAAGAUGAAAACCAAAUGCUUGAAAACAUGCUCCGGACAUUGUUGCAGGAGCUUGUGGCUGCUGCUGCGCAAUCAGGAGAGCAAAUUAUGCAAUAUGGUCAGUUGAUUGAUGAUGAUGAUGAUGAAAAUAUUCAUGGCCAGAUUCCUCAUCUUCUAGAUGUUGUGCUUUAUCUUUGUGAGAAAGAGCAUGUAGAAGGUGGCAUGAUAUUCCAGCUGCUGGAGGAUUUGACGGAAAUGUCUACUAUGAAAAACUGUAAAGAUGUUUUUGGUUAUAUUGAAAGCAAACAAGAUAUAUUGGGCAAGCAAGAGCUUUUUGCACGCGGAAAACUUGUAAUGUUGAGGACUUGCAACCAACUUCUCCGGCGACUCUCAAAGGCCAAUGAUGUUGUAUUCUGUGGAAGGAUUCUCAUGUUUUUGGCUCACUUUUUUCCCUUAUCUGAGCGCUCAGCCGUGAAUAUAAAAGGCGUUUUUAAUACAUCUAAUGAAACCAAAUAUGAAAAAGAUCCUCCAAAAGGCAUUUCUGUAGAUUUCAACUUCUAUAAGACAUUUUGGAGUUUACAGGAGUAUUUCUGUAAUCCCGCUUCUCUUACUUCCGCAUCUACCAAGUGGCAGAAAUUUUCAUCCAGUUUGGCGGUUGUUUUAAACACCUUUGAUGCUCAACCACUAAGCGAAGAAGAGGGAGAGGCUAAUAGUUUGGAGGAAGAGGCAGCAACUUUUAAUAUAAAGUACCUAACAAGUAGUAAAUUGAUGGGUUUAGAGUUAAAGGAUUCGAGUUUCCGACGACAUAUUCUUCUCCAGUGCCUCAUUAUGUUUGAUUAUCUGAGGGCACCAGGGAAGAACGACAAAGAUCUGCCAUCUGAAACCAUGAAGGAAGAACUUAAGUCAUGUGAGGAUCGUGUAAAGAAAUUGCUUGAGAUCACUCCGCCUAAAGGGAAAGAAUUCCUCCGUGCAGUUGAGCAUAUACUGGAGCGCGAAAAGAAUUGGGUCUGGUGGAAACGUGAUGGAUGCCCACCAUUUGAAAAGCAACCGAUAGAUAAGAAAUCACCUAAUGCAGGGCAAAAGAAACGGAGACAAAGAUGGAGAUUGGGCAAUAAAGAACUCUCCCAACUUUGGAGGUGGGCUGAUCAAAAUCCGAAUGCUUUGACUGAUUCUCAACGUGUCCGAACCCCUGACAUUGCAGACUACUGGAAACCAUUAGCAGAAGAUAUGGAUCCAUCAGCUGGCAUAGAAGAUGAGUAUCAUCACAAAAACAACAGAGUUUACUGCUGGAAAGGUCUUCGGUUUACAGCUCGGCAAGACCUUGAAGGAUUUUCUAGGUUUACCGAAAUGGGAAUCGAAGGAGUUGUCCCAGUUGAACUAUUGCCGCCUGAGGUCCGGUCCAAAUACCAAGCUAAACCGAACGAAAAAGCCAAACGAGCUAAGAAAGAAGAAGCCAAAGGUGGAUCUCAGGAAACAGAGGGAAACCAGAUUGGUGUUUCAAAUAGUGAAGCUGAGGCUGAAGGAGGAAGGGGUGAUGCAGAGACGAUGGAGAGUGAUGCUAUUGCAGACACUCCUACGCCUGAGGAACAACAAAGACUCGGUGGUUCUGACACAGAAAACGGUCAAGAGGCCGGUCAAAUUGAAGACGCAGAGACAGAAGAAGCUGGUUUGAUGGACACUGAUCUUGAUCACCCCCCUACGCCUGUCUCAUGAGUCUCGACCUUCAUGGAACGGUGAAUCCUUUGGAUAUGAAGUUAAAAUGUAUUGAUGUUUAACAAAUUAUGUUAAAGUAUUGUUCUAAAUAUGUGUGUAUGAGUGCAAAUCUUGAAGCUUAAAACAUUGUUUUCCAUUUCUAUAUACUCAAUAAAAUCAUCAUACAAUU